ACAGGGCCAACAUAAAGCCAUGGCUGCUAGCUCUCUUGCUCCUGAAAGAAACUGAAAAACUUGAUUUCAAAGCAUAAAAACCUUUUGUAGUCUUCGAAAAAAUGGUAGCAGUGUUUAAUAAGGAGCUUUUAAGUUGGUAUCUCAUCACUCUCAAACUGAGGGAAACAGUGGAAGCUGGAAUCGCAAACUCACCUGGUUCUACCUCUUCACGUGACCUUCAAUUGCGACCACUGCAACGGCAACAAUCACAGACACAGCCACCUCCGGAUCAGCAGCGGCUGACGCUGCAAGAAUCCUCCUUUUCGCAAUCGCAUUUGAUAUCAAUCAAUGGUGACGAUGAAAAUGUUAAAGAAGAAAGAGAAGUAACGAAUCCAAUGGAAUCAGAUUGGGCGAUAUCCAUUAGAGAAAAGCUAGAGCAAGCCCAUCAAGAUCAUGAAGCUGCCUCAUGGGCCAAGCUCUGCAUCUACCGAGUCCCACAGUACCUCCGUGUGGGCGACGAUUACGGUAAGGCCGACAAGGCCUUCGUCCCCCAAAUCGUUUCCCUGGGUCCUUACCAUCACGGCCGGAAGAACCUCCGAGACAUGGACCGUCACAAGUGGCGUUCACUCCAUCAGAUUCUGAAGCGAACCCAUCAAGACGUGAAACUCUACCUCGAUUCCAUCCGGGAGGUUGAGGAGAAGGCUCGAGCUUGCUACGAAGGACCAAUCCCUCUCAGCAGCAACGAAUUCGUGGAGAUGAUGGUUCUCGAUGGCUGCUUCGUUCUCGAGCUCUUCCGAGGUGCCGCCGGGGGUUUCGAGCAUCUGGGCUACUCUCGAAACGACCCUGUCUUCGCAAUGCGAGGAGGGAUGCACUCAAUCCAGCGAGACAUGAUCAUGCUUGAGAACCAAAUCCCACUCUUCAUCCUCGAUCGUCUUCUGGGUCUCCAGAUUGGAAACCCUAACCAGAGAGGGCUGGUGGCAAAACUCGCACUCCCAUUCUUCGAUCCAUUGACACCGACGGAUGAGCCACUACAAAACAGCGAUCGGAACAAGCUGGAAUACUCGAUCACCCCCUUCGAUCCAUUGAUAGAUAAAGACGGCCUCCAUUGCCUGGGCGUUUUCCGGCAAAGCCUCCUGCGUCGAGGCCCUGGACCAGAACCACAUGCUUCGAGGAAUUGGAUGAAAUGGAGAUCGCACGCGGUGAGGGUCGCCGACAAGCGAAGGCAGCAGUUAAUCCAUUGCGUGACGGAGCUGAGGGAAGCAGGAGUGAAAUUCAGGAAGAGGAAGACGGAUCGCUUCUGGGACAUCAAAUUCGAGAACGGUGUACUGUGGAUACCCAGGCUUUUGAUCCACGACGGGACCAAAUCUCUGUUCCUGAACCUGAUUGCGUUAGAACAGUGCCAUCUAGACUGCACAAACGACAUAACGUCUUACGUGAUUUUCAUGGACAACCUGAUAAACUCGCCUGGGGAUGUGGGUUACCUCCAUUACUGCGAGAUCAUAGAGCAUUGGUUAGGAAGUGAUGCAGAGGUGGCCGACCUGUUCAAUAGGCUGUGUCAAGAGGUGGUGUUCGACAUCAACGACAGCUACCUCUCCCGGUUGUCCGAGCAGGUGAAUCGAUACUAUAAUCACAGGUGGAACGCAUGGCGGGCCAGCUUGAAGCACAACUACUUCAACAAUCCUUGGGCCAUCAUCUCCUUCGUUGCUGCUGUUGUCUUGUUGGUCCUCACUUUGGCUCAGACCUUUUACUCUGUCUAUGGCUAUUACUGGCCAAAUUCUUGAAAACCCAGAAAAACAAAAUAGCAGCAAAAUCCCUUGAACAUAUGAUCAAUACCUAUACCUGC